AUGGGUUUCGUCAAGACAGCCAGGGCUUUGGCCAUUGCCCUGCCCGCCGUCAAUGCAAUUGCCCCUCCUGCCAUCAGCGGUUACACCCUUACUUGGGGAGACGACUUCGUCGGCGCCGCCGCAACGUUGCCCAACGCCACGAACUGGAUUUUCACCACUGGAACAUCUUACCCUGGUGGUGCCGCGCAGUUUGGUACCGGCGAGAUCGAAACCUACACCAAUGCCAUUGCAAACGUGCAACUUAGUGGCAAGGACACUUUGCAAAUCACCGCCCUCAAGGACGCUACUGGAGCUUGGACCUCCGCUCGCAUCGAAACGCAACGCACCGACUUCGCUGCCGCAGCUGGCGGCAAGAUGCGUAUCCAGGCCAGCCUCAGCUUGCCUAAUGUGGGUACUCACGGCGUUGGCUACUGGCCUGCAUUCUGGGCGCUUGGAAGCACAUUCCGUGGGAACUACAACAACUGGCCCGCGAGUGGUGAACUCGAUGUCAUGGAGAGCGUCAACGGUAUCAACGAGGCCUGGGGUACGAUGCACUGCGAUGUUAACCCCGGAGGUGCUUGCAACGAAAAUAACGGUCUCUCCGGUAACCUAACCUGCGCCGGAAGUGCGUGCCAGGGCAACUUCCAUACCUACGCCGUCGAGGUUGACCGCACCGCAUCGCCGGAGUCUGUGAACUGGUACCUUGACGACGUUGUAUACUGGACUGUCACCGAGACCCAGUUGCCCGCAGACAUUUGGGCACAGACUGUAGACGUUCCGUACUUCGUUCUACUCAACCUUGCUAUUGGCGGCUCCUUUCCCGACAAAGUCUUCGGUAGCACCACCCCGACUGCCGACACUGUUUCUGGCGGCGUUUUUGAAGCCGAGUACGUUGCCGUCUACCACACUUAG